AUGUUCCACACGGCCAAGGAAGCAUCGUUUUUUAAUCUCAUUAAACAAGGAAGAGAUUCUUUCUCGAGGAAUGGAAGGGACUACAAGAAAGAUAGACUCCUUUUCAAAUCGACCCCCGGUGUUGAAAGGUUCUCGAGAUUAUAAAUCUUCCAGGCGUGCGGGAAGGGAGCGAGACCAAGCCAGACGGAGAGUCAGCCCUGCCCUUCCCAUUCUACGCGUGUCAAGUUGAAGAAAUGA